AUGCAGGGCAUCGUAUCAGAUGUGGGUGCUACGGAAGAACGAACCCAUACGACAACACAAACACAUAGAGGUGUAGUAUAUAAUAAACAAACAUGUCAUGAUGAACAAGAACUAAUGGACUUGUAUCAUGUUUGUCUAUUUAUUUCAAUUACUUAUUCAACUGAAAAAGACCUUGAAACUAUUCGAAUACGCCAAAAAUUUCAAGCUGAUGAGAUAAGAAAAAUAUUGGAUCAAAUUAUUUUUUGGCCACGUUUAAAUCAAUGA